AUGACCGGUUUCGCGAGUCGACCCCGGCCAGCAAUUGUUGCAUGGCAGUCGGUCCUCGUCGUCGCUCGGCGGCGCCUCGGUGUGGACACGGUCAUCGGGCGAUGGCCAGACGGUGCGACCGACGACGAGGUCGACGGUUCAACGACCGUCUGUGCAGACAUCCGAAUUCGCUCAGUCAACAAGCACUUGACCGUCGACGACAAUCAGGAGCGGGCCUUCGCGCUGACAGACCCCACAGGGGUCUAUUCACAUUACUCUGCCCAGACGUCGCACUCGCACCGCUUGAAGCCUCUGGACAGCGACCUGCAUGACGUCGACGGUUCGGAUGACGAAGCCUCCGGCUUUUCACGGAUGCCGAUGGUGGUGCCAUUCCGUUGCAAACGAAAAUGCCUCAUAAUGUACCCCUCUGCGUGCACCCGAAUGUGGAAGACCUUCGAGAGCAUGCAGCUUAACGCAGUUGUUGUCGGUUUAUCCUCAUCCAGGGGCUUUGCAUCGUUCAUCUUUGAUGCCCUCAUCGUAGCCAGUGGUCAACGGCCAUUUUACAAGGUCACUAUGACGACCUGUAGUCCAAAGUACGGUGAGGUGCGCACCACUGAGUGA